CGUCCUGCCCGCCCGUCUCCACCUGCAGCUGCAGCUGCUGCUGCUGUGUGUUUUUGUCUCUCAUGGUCGCAUGCGACUCGUGCCCACCCCCAAAAGGGCAAGCACCUCUCCCCUGAAUCGAGUCUCUUCCGUUUUCCUGUAGAGAAAGGGCCUACAAGUGGAAUUCAUCACAUGAUAAGCCACUUGAGAUAGCCAUGUCCUACCCUCAUGCCUUCACUCCUUGUAGAGGCUUAGCUUUGAGGAGAUUUCAACCCAAGGCCCUCUGUCCAUCUCCUAUAUAGCUCUCCCUCCCUCCUUACCACACCAUUUUUUGAGGCAGGACGCAAGAUGUCGAGCAGGAGGUCCAGGAUCUCAGAGGAGGAGAUCAACGAGCUCGUCUCCAAGCUGCAGUCCCUCCUCCCAGAAGCCCGCCGACGAGACAGCGGCAGGGCUUCGGCAGCAAAGCUACUGAAGGAGACGUGCAACUACAUCAGGAAACUCAACCGGGAGGUCGACGACCUGAGCAACCGCCUCUCGGCCCUCAUGGCGACCAUGGACAGCGACAGCGCCGAGGCCGACAUCAUCCGCAGUCUCCUCCGGUCGUGAGCACGGUUCGUCCUCUCCUUUGUUCCACUCCACCUAAUGUAUCUGCAUAUGCAUACAUAAUGUACCUUUUUCUAAGUGUGGGACUUAUGAUGUAGCACGGGUAACCUUGGAUUUCCUGUACAUAACACAAGAAAAAUUCUACUUGGUUCAUCUAUAAUAUUCCUUUCUCUGCCUUAUCUGCCACUAGACCAACUUGGGGAGCGGCUUCCGUAAGCUCGAGGGAAACAGACCUAACCUCGGCAAUUUUGUAUCCCUAA